AUGCGUUUCACCAUCGUCUUCGUAGGCUCUAUGCUCGCCGCCCUGAGCUCAAGCGCUCCUAUCACCAACAGAGAGGUUGCCAAACGCAACCCUGCAACCAUCGGCAAUGGCAAUAGUGGCAACGGCAACGGCAAUGGGAACGGCAAUGGCAAUGGCAACGGCAAUGGCAACGGCAAGGGCAACGGCAAUGGCAACGGCAAUGGCAACUCUGUCGUGGUCAGCCCGAGUGUAGGCCUUCCUUCUGUAGCUAUUCCUCCCGUGGCCCUUCCUUCUGUGGCGAUUCCUCCCGUGGUCCUUCCUUCUGUGGCUGUUCCUCCUGUAGUUCUUCCUACGCCGAGUCUUCCGCCUGUGUCCGUUCCCUCUGUCGCCAUUCCCCCUGUGGUACUUCCUACAGUGGCUCUCCCUUCCGUGGUACUUCCUACAGUGGCUCUCCCUUCCGUGGCUCUCCCUUCCGUGGCUCUCCCUUCCGUGGCUCUCCCUUCCGUGGCUCUCCCUUCCGUGGCUCUCCCUUCCGUGGCUCUUCCGUCUGUGGCUCUUCCAUCUGUGGCCCUCCCCACUCCGACCCUUCCUCAUGUGGUUCUCCCCACCCCAGCCCUUCCUUCAGUGGGUCUUCCCGCAGUUCCCUCAGCUAUUGCUCCUAUUAUCUCGGCUAUUUCUCCCAUCGUCUCGGCUGUUGUCGGUGCUGUGCCCCCCGUUCUUUCGGCUCUCCUCCCAGCUCCAGCUGUCCCAACUGCUUCCGCCGGCGCAAGUGUCGGCGGAGGAAUUAAUCUCGUCAACAACUAG